UCUGGAAGACAACUCCCUCCUGCUUCUGACUUUGCGCUCAUCAACAGUUGCUGGCUGACCCUCCAACAUCUCGCCGCAGCUGUAACCGAUCUGCUCUGAGAUGUUGCUUCUAAUCUUCACUUUCACAGCUUGGGCUCUGUGGUGCCCCGUCUGGACUCAGGAGCCGGAGUUUGCAGACGUUUGCACGGAGGGCAGCUGCUACCCGGCCACCGGUGACCUUCUGAUCGGUCGGGCGCACAAACUCAGCGCCUCCUCCACCUGCGGCGUGUCUCAACCGACUCGCUUCUGCAUCGUAGGUCACCUGGAGGAGGAGAAGAAAUGUUUUUUGUGCGACUCGAGGCAGAUGUACGACGAGGAGACCAACAACAUCAGUCACACCAUAGAGAACGUGGUCACCACCUUCGCCCCCAACCGCCUGAAGACCUGGUGGCAGUCCGAGAACGGCGUGGAGAAUGUUACCAUCCAGCUGGACCUGGAGGCUGAGUUUCAUUUCACACACCUCAUCAUGACCUUCAAGACCUUUCGUCCUGCUGCUAUGAUGAUUGAACGGUCCAUGGACUUUGGGAAAUCCUGGCAGAUCUACCGUUACUUUGCCUACGACUGCGAGACGUCCUUCCCGGGCAUUUCCACCGGGCCUAUGGUCAGAGUGGACGACAUCAUCUGUGACACCCGCUACUCAGAUAUCGAACCAUCCAAAGAGGGAGAAGUGAUAUUCCGAGUGCUGGACCCCGCGUAUGACAUUGAAGACCCCUACAGUUUGAGGAUACAGAACAUGCUGAAGAUCACAAACCUGAGAGUGAAGUUCAUCAAACUCCACACGCUGGGCGAUAAUCUGCUGGACUCCCGUGACGAGGUGACAGAGAAGUACUACUACGCUCUCUACGACAUGGUGGUCCGAGGAAACUGCUUCUGCUAUGGUCACGCCUCGGAGUGCGCCCCCAUGGACGGAGAGCCAAGUGGAGCUGAGGGGAUGGUUCAUGGUCGCUGUAUGUGCAACCACAAUACGGAAGGGUUGAACUGUGAGCGCUGCCAGGACUUCUAUCAAGAUUUACCCUGGAGGCCUGCACAAGGAAAAAACACACACGCCUGCAAAAGGUGUGAUUGUAACCAUCACGCCACAUCGUGCCACUUUGACCUCGCCGUGUUCAUGAUGACCGGCAACGUGAGCGGGGGCGUGUGCGACAACUGUCAGCACAACACCAUGGGCCGGCAGUGCGAGCAGUGUGCGCGUUUCUUCUACCAGCACCCCAACAGACACCUGAGAGACCCCAACAUCUGCGAGCCGUGCGACUGUGACCCGGACGGCUCAGUGGAGGGUGGGAAUUGUGACCCUCGAACUGAUGUGGCAGCGGGGCUGAUCUCAGGUCAGUGUCGCUGCAAGGCCAACGUGGAAGGAGAGCGCUGCGACAACUGCAGGCGGGGCUACUACGGCCUGGGAAAACACCCCGAGGGCUGCCUGCCAUGUACCUGUAACCAGCUGGGAACGAUGCCUGGAGGAGCCCACUGUGACUCAGAGACGGGGAAAUGCAUCUGCAAAAGGCUCGUUGAUGGACACAACUGUGAUCAGUGUCUGCCAGAGCACUGGGGUCUGUCAAAUGACAUGGAUGGAUGCAGACCAUGUGACUGCGAUCAUGGUGGGGCCGUCCACAACAACUGUGACCCCGACUCUGGACAGUGUGUGUGCAGGGAGCACAUGUUUGGACGCCGCUGCGACCAGGUCGAGUCUGGUUUUUACUUCAUCGAUCUAGAUCAUUACACUUACGAAGCAGAAGAUGCCAAGCAUGGACCUGGUGUGGCAGUGGUACCAAGGCCUUAUCCUCUAAACCGAAGCCCUACAUGGACUGGGAUGGGCUUUGUUAAUGUGCCAGAAGGAGCUUAUCUAGAGUUCAAUGUCAACAACAUCCCAGAAUCCAUGGACUACGACAUCCUUAUCCGCUACGAGCCACAGCUUCCACAGCAGUGGGAGCAGCUCGUCCUCCGGGUGGAGCGUCCUGUUUUCAAUCCCCCAAACCGCUCUGGUCACUGCACCAACUCUAUCCAGAGCGGAGACGAGCAAUCCAUCUCCUUGUCACCUGGAUCCAGACAUGUGCUGCUGGUGAGGCCUGUGUGCUUUGAGAAGGGCCUGAACUACACCAUCCGCCUCACACUGCCGCUGUACUCGACGAACAGCCACGUCCAAAAUCCAUACACACUCAUUGACUCUCUGGUGCUAAUGCCUCGAGUCAGGGAGCUUGAAAUGUUUCAUGGAACAAAGGGCGAAGCAGAGUGGGAUACUUUCCAGAGGUACCGAUGUCUGGAGAGCAGCAGGAACGUCAUUAAAAGCCCCAUGACCGACAUCUGUAAAGAUUACAUCUUUAGUGUUUCUGCUUUGCUGCACAAAGGAGCCAUGGCAUGCCAGUGUGAUCCUCAGGGUUCCCUCAGCAGUGUAUGCGAGUCUAGUGGGGGUCAGUGCCGGUGCCGGCCUAACGUAGUUGGCAGAAACUGUGACCACUGCGCUCCGGGGACCUUCUUGUUCAGUCCCGCUGGCUGCAGGCCUUGCAACUGCGACCCCCUGGGCUCCGUCAGAGCUUUCUGCCACGAGUUGACCGGGCAGUGCGAAUGUGUCCGAGGAGCCACUGGACGCCAGUGUUCCCAGUGUCUGCCCGGCUUCUGGGGCUUCCCUCAGUGCCGAAUGUGCCAGUGUAAUGGCCACAGCGACUACUGCCACCCCAACACCGGGGAGUGCCAGGGCUGCCGAGACUUCACCACUGGACACCACUGUGAGAGAUGCAUGAACGGUUACCAUGGUAACCCUGAGCUGGGUUCAGGUGAGCACUGCCGCCCCUGCAUGUGUCCGGAUGGGCCGCGCAGUGGCAGGCAGUUCUCAGACAGCUGCUACCUCCUGGCCGACUCAGACCAUCUGGUGUGUGUGUGCAGCAGCGGGUACAAAGGCAGCCGCUGUGACGAGUGCGCUCCUGGUUACUAUGGAAACCCUCUGGUUCCUGGGGGCCGCUGCAUGGCCUGUCAGUGCAACAACAACAUCGACAUGCACGACCCCAAGUCCUGCGACUCCCGAACGGGCGCCUGCCUCAAAUGCCUCUACCACACUGAGGGCCACGCCUGCCAGCACUGCAAACCGGGUUACUAUGGCAACGCUGCCACACAGAGCUGCACAAAGUGCAUGUGUUCGCCCUUUGGAACGGAACAGGAGGCGUGUUCCUCCGCCGAGGGCUGCCAGUGUGACCGGCGCAGCGGCCAGUGCCCCUGCCAGCCCAAUGUGGUGGGUCAAAACUGCGACCACUGUGCCCCAGACACAUGGGGCAUCAGCAGCGGAAAGGGCUGCCAGCGCUGUGACUGCGACCCCGUCCACUCUGUGGGGUCUUCUUGUGACGAGGUCACGGGACAGUGCGUUUGCAAGCCAGGCUUCGGUGGGAGGACAUGUCGGGAGUGCAAAGAGCUUUUCUGGGGGGAUCCUAAGGUCAAAUGUCACGCUUGUGACUGCGACCCCCGUGGGAUCUCUAGCGGCCAGUGUCACCGCGCCACGGGACACUGCGCCUGCCUGGAGAGCGCGUCCGGCCCACGCUGCGACACGUGCGCCAGGGGCCACUGGGGAGAGUUCCCAGCCUGCGAGCCCUGCCACCGCUGCUUUCCCGUGUGGGACACUGUGGUUUCGGAGCUGGCCAAUCAAACGCGGCGCCUCCAAGCCCAAGUGACUGAGCUCCACGCCAUCAGGGUCACGGCGCCAUACAAGGAUCUGAUCAGCAGCCUGGAGAGCAACGCCAAGGCGGUCCGAGAAAUCCUGGAGAACAAAACGGCUUCAGCGAAGAUGGAGAAGAUCGCAGAGGAUUCCCAUCAGAUCAUUGGACUGAUGUCCUAUCUAAGUGGUGUGAUGAAUUCCACCGAGGAGACGUUGACUUUUCUCCAAGGCGACGCAAACAUGACAGAAGCGAACCUGGACGCCCUGACCGCCGAGGCCGACCAGUUGGAUGCAAACGUCCAGGAACUGAGACGGCUGGUACACAACAUCAAGAACGCCAACAUCCAAGGCGCGAUGAGCACCAUCUCUGCUGCACACCUGGAGUCGACCGUGGCGGAGCGCCGCUCCACAGCCUCCACCAGCGGCCCCGGAAGCCCACUGCAGGAGUCCGCUGCACUACGGAAGACCGCGGGGGACAAACUUAGCAGAAGCCAGAGAGACUUUGACCGGAAAAACCAGAGACACACUCAGAAGCUGGAGAAACUGUCCAAAGAGCUGGAGAAGCUAAACCUGACUCACCUCAGUGAAAAGACGUGCGGUGGUGCGGGUGAAGAUGCGGGAUGCCCGCCCUGCGGCGGGUUGGGCUGCAGCGGGGAUGACGGACAGCCUCGCUGUGGAGGAGAAGGGUGCGGCGGCCUCCUCUCCGCCUCUCAAACCGCUUUGACGUCAGCCGAGAGGCUGGACCAGCAGAUCCGAGCAGCUAUGCGGGAGGUGGACGAGCUCUCCAGGAUGGUGUGGGAAGCCAACAUCCGUGCGAAAGAAGCCAAGGAGAGGGCGGUGGAGGCGCAGCAGAACUCCAACCGCAGCAAAGAGAGGGUGGAGAGGAGCAACCAGCAGCUGCGCGGCCUGAUCACAGAGAUCCGAGACCUGCUCAGCAACGACAAAGCAGACGUGUCCGUGAUCGAGGCGGUCGCCAACGAGGUGUUGGCUCUGGAGAUGCCGGCCUCCGCAGAGAAGCUGCAAGAACUGACGAGGGAGAUCCGGGAGAAGGUCGGCACUCUGACCAGCGUGGAGACCAUCCUCCGUCAGAGCGCGGAGGACAUCCGGGCUGCUGAGUCGCUCCUGAGGCGGGCCAAAGAGGCCAGUGCCAAGGCUUCAGACAUGAAGGAGGAAGCCCAGGUGGUGAAGGGCGCUCUGGAGGAGACUGAGCGCGCUCAGAACACUGCAAUGGACGCCAUCCUGCUGGCCCAGAACAACACCAGAGGCACCAUGGACCUGCUGAACACGGUGGAGCAGGAGACCGCCGCCUCCGAGCUGCGGCUCAGCAACACCACCCGCCGCCUGGUGCAGCUGGAGAGGGAGGUGGGCCGGCUCAGGCAGAACGGCCUCCGGAUGAACCAGCUGGUGGACAGGGCCGAGCAGGACAGCCAUCAGGCCAAGCAGGAGGCGGAGCUUGCAGAGAAGGAGUUCGAAGAUGACGUGAGAGACGGAUUUGAGGAGGCGCAGGAACAGGUGGAGGAUCAAGGGGCAGCGCUGCUGGAGGCCAGGAGGAGGGCGGAUGAGCUGCAGCGGGAAGCUGGAGAGCUGCUGGAGCAGAGCAGCAACAAGCUGCAGAGGCUGGGAGAGUUGGAAAGAUCCUACGAGGACAACCAGCGCAUCCUGGAGGAGAAAGCUGCAGAGCUGGAACAGAUGGAGCGGACGGCUCGCCGCAUCCUGGAGGAAAUCAGCCACAAGGUGACGCUGUACAGCACCUGCCUGUGAGGAGGCGCCCUGCCGCCGCCGCCGCCACUCCUGUGGAUUCAAACACCGAAUUCAACAGGGAUUCCAGCUUUCAACAGAAACGAGUUUCAAAUCCCCCAAAAGAAGCUGAUGUGACCCUUAUACAUUUACAAACAAUUUUAUGACUGAUGUGUAUUUAAUGUUUCAAAGUAUAGAAUUUAUCAGUGAUGUUAAUGUUUCACGAGAAAAGAAGUCACUGAAGCAUUUGGACUGAAAGUAGAUUUAUUUUAAAUAAACAUUUUUGCCACAAUC